ACAUUACCCACCGUUUGACGUUUUCCUGUCAAAGCGCACAUGCGCAUUCAUAUGUUCUAUUCGGGACGGCUGUAGGAGAAAAUGGCAGCAUUCAUGCUAGGACAGCAGGUCCGCCAGCUCAGCACGUCUGUGGUCAGACCUGCAGCAAAACUGGUUAAGCCACCUAUCCAGGUCUAUGGAGUGGAGGGCCGCUAUGCCACUGCUUUGUUCUCAGCUGCCAGUAAGCAGAACAAACUGGACCAAGUGGAGCAGGAACUGGGAAAAGUGGCUGCCAUGAUCAAGGACCCCAAGAUGUCCAGUAUUGUUAUGAAUCCUCAUGUUAAGCGCAGCCUCAAACAGAAAGCCUUCAAUGAUGCACUUACAAAGGCUAAGGUCUCACCCAUCACCGUCAACCUCAUCAAUGUUUUGUCUGAUAAUGGUCGUCUGACUCUAACUGGUGAUGUGAUCUCUGCCUUUGGUAAAAUGAUGAGUGCACACCGUGGAGAAGUCAUCUGCUCUGUGACCACUGCUCAGCCUUUGGAUGAUGCUAAUCUUGCCGACCUAAAAGUUGCCCUCAAGGGUUUUCUUCAGAAAGGUGAAACUAUCAAGCUGGAAACAAAGGUGUGGGUCUAUUUUGUUAUCCCCAUUUCAGAGGAAAUAAAAGUGAUUCUCAUUAUAAUAAUUGUUUUUUUCUACCCCUUUGAACAGUCGGAUCCUUCAAUCCUGGGUGGCAUGAUUGUCAGCAUCGGGGACAAGUAUGUUGACAUGUCCACAAAAACAAAGAUUCAGAAGCUGACCAAGCUCAUCAGGGAAACUUAAGUCCUGUGGACUUAAUUUUGCAGAAGAUUGAAGAAGGCCAUCUGGAGACAGGCUGGCUGCUUCCUGUUCUAGCAUUGAAAUUGCUCCAUAAGUACAAUGUCUAUGUUUAUUCAUAUGGAUGUUAAUAAAAACAAAAGAAAAAUGAAA